ACGGAUGUGAUGCCAUUGAGUAGUAAAUGGUGUCCCAUGGUCGGUGUUGUGGAGGAGUAUGUAUAGCGUAGGGUGCGCCUGCCGUGACUGUAUCACUUUCUGCGCAAGCUAAACUGGAAGACUUUCUCUGUCGUAUACACAUUGAGCGCCUUUGAGUUCUUUCUCGGUGAACCGGUUAUAAUCGUACGGUCCAUCUUAUACAAUGAGUUUUCUUUCAGGAGCCGGGACAUGGCACCUCGAUAUCGAUCGAUACAUCAAUCGCGUCGUCCCUCAGUCGCCGCUUCACAAGCUUCCUACACCAGUAUCGAGGUUCUUAGGGUAUAGGAAGGAGCAGCGACAGGAUGUUGGGAAUAUAUGCGGAGUGCUUUGGUCGUUGUUGGGCGCAAUCUGCGGACUUUCGCUUGUGGCGGCGGUGUUCAACAACACCGAGAGUAUACAGAUGCACCAUCCUCCAGCACUUAUUGCAUCGUUUGGUGCCUCAGCAAUACUUGAGUACAAUACUAUCCGUUCACCUCUUGGACAGCCUCGCAAUGCGCUGCUCGGCCACACACUUUCCGCUCUCGUAGGCAUCGGCAUAUCCAAGCUUUUUCAAUUCCAUAGCGACUACGAGAGUAUCAAAUGGAUGGCUGGUGCGGUUGCUUGCGGCUGCGCCUCAGCCACGAUGCUGCUGACUGGAACGGUACAUCCACCUGGCGGGGCCUCUGCUGUGCUCGCUGUUACAGAGCCUGCCUUUACAGCUAUGGGGUGGUACUUUGCGGGGUUGAUAUUGUGGGGUACGACGCUCAUGUUGGUGGUUGCGCUAAUUAUCAACAACAUACAGCGACAAUUUCCUUUGUACUGGUGGACGUCCAUGGACCUGAAAAAGGCGAAGGAGCAUGACCCAGAGACGUUACCAGACGCAAGGGGUGGACUGGAGAAGAAGAAGACGGUCGAGCAGCAGAGGUAUGGUGUGAAUGGGGAGAGUAUUGAAAUUUCUGGAGCAGAAAUUGUGAUUCCAGAUGAUCUGAGUCUGAAUAAAGAAGAAGUUGAGAUACUGGAGAAGCUACGAGAGAGACUGAGGAAGAGAACAGAUGGUAGAGCGUUGAAUGAAGAAGAACGAGAAUCGGACAAGAUGGACUCGAACAGCAUAAGAAGCAGCGCAGAAUUCACGAUAGUUGCUAGUCGGAGCCAAGAGGUGCAGAGAAACGGGAGUGGGAGUACUUUGUAGUGGGCGAGUAUCAUUCUUAAGCUUAUCGGCGUGCAUACAAAUUGAUAGAUAAGAGCAAACACGUCGUGUGUCACAACUCCGAGGACUGUCGUGUGGUGAUGGUCCCUUUUUUCUAAAUAUGUUAUCCAGCAAGGAGGAAAUAUUUCAGAGGCAGGUUCGAUGACUGCUCGGUACUUUGUUCCGUCAACCCAGGUCGCUGGGGUGGAUGUGGUAAAUUUUGUACAGAAAAUGGAGUGUGCGACGUAGUGUUCAACAGACAGGAG